AAGGAAUGCUGCUGCUGAUGUAUCCGUUGCUCUUCCUGCCUCUGUUGACCAUGGCGGAAACCACGCAGGCCACCAUGAUACAGGAAAGAUGGAAGCUGGAAAAUUGGAGAAGGCCCGCGGAUUGGAUCGGUGAUGGAAUUUUCAACGUUGCGGGCACCGUUCUUCCUGUAACUCGAUCACCAUUCGACGGAAUACGAGCACGUAGGAAGAAGAAACACAAGUUGAACAAAUACGUUAUCCCCCUGAUCGUGGGAUUCAUGCUGAUAAAAUCGAUUCUACUCCCUAUCGCCUUGAAGACUUUGGCCAUUUUAAGUGGCAAGGCGGUCGUUCUGAGCUUAAUGAGCUUGAUUCUGGCGGCCAUCGUGGGGUUGAAGAAGGUCGCGCAGGGCCACUCGGGAGGGAGUUACGAGGUUCUAACCGUGCCCCACAAUAAAUACAAGAGGCAAGAUUAUCUCCUCGACACGGGAGACGACUUGAUGGACACCGAGCCUUACAAGUUUUAUAGGGAACGACGCAGGAGAAAGAUCAAAUUUGUUCAGGAGUAAGGGAAAAAUUUUCCU